AUGUUCCCGGAUGUCUUCUGGUCUCAUCGCCCGCCUUUCCCGCAAUCUCUACCGGAACUACGAUUCCGUGACCGCAACAAGAGGCGCGUCAUUCUGACGAGAUGCCUUUGUGAACAAAGUCUCCGCCGUGCUCGCAAUUGGGGCCGACUCCAGCACGACCAGCAAUCCCUCUCCGCGUACGGCUUGGAUUCCAUCGUGGCCGUGGACUUCUGCCAGUGGUUGGCCAAGAUCGCCGAGGUGGAGGUGUCGCUAUUUACAACCAACGAAGUUUUGGAGGUGGUGGCUGCGGGCAGCGCCAUUUGCAGCUGA